ACGGGGGCCGAGCCCGGAAGUUCCGGGCCGAGUUCCUGGUUGCCAACGAGUCUCAUCAAGUGCGGCUGGAAACGGGGGACAUGGCGGCGUCUGGCCCGGCGCUAUGCCUCUUCGACGUGGACGGGACCCUGACCGCCCCGCGACAGAAAAUCACCAAGGAAAUGGACGGCUUUCUCCAAAACCUGAGACGGAAGAUCAAGAUUGGAGUGGUGGGCGGGUCCGACUUUGUGAAAGUGCAGGAGCAGCUGGGAAGUGACGUGGUUGAAAAAUAUGAUUAUGUGUUUCCAGAAAAUGGCCUGGUAGCAUACAAAGAUGGGAAACUCUUGUGUAAACAGAACAUUCAGGGUCACCUGGGGGAGGCCCUGAUCCAAGAUUUAAUCAACUACUGCCUGAGCUACAUCGCGAAAAUUAAGCUCCCGCGAAAGAGAGGCACUUUCAUUGAGUUCCGAAAUGGGAUGUUAAACGUGUCCCCCAUUGGAAGAAGCUGCAGCCAAGAAGAACGCAUGGAGUUUCACGAACUCGAUAAGAAAGAAAACAUAAGACAGAAGUUCGUAGCAGAUCUGCGGAAGGAGUUUGCAGGAAAAGGCAUCACGUUCUCUAUAGGAGGCCAGAUCAGCAUUGACGUCUUUCCUGAUGGAUGGGACAAGAGGUACUGCCUGGGACAUGUGGAAAAAGACGGCUAUAAGACCAUCUAUUUCUUCGGAGACAAAACCAUGCCGGGCGGGAACGACCACGAGAUCUUCACUGACCCGAGGACCAUGGGCUACACGGUGACAGCGCCCGAGGACACCCGCAGGAUCUGUGAAGAGCUGUUCUCCUAGCGCCCCUCCUCCGAGAGGGCAGGGGUCCUGCCAACAGGCCUCCCUCACAUGCCAGGCUCCCCACACGGUCCGGCCUCGGGUACCCCCGGCCCUGGCGUUGCCGGAAGGAGCCAGACUUGUCACGAACGGCCUGAAGGAACACCUCCAACCAGAUUUCGCCCCCAACCCCGAGACUCAGACCCUCCAUCCAUGCGAUCAUGGUACUUACGGUUUUCUGGGGACACUUCCCCAUCAUCCUAGGAUGAUACAAAGAACGAAUGUGCCCGGCCCCUCCCUCUCGAUGGUCUUGUGCAAAACGUACCAGGCGUUAAUGUCUGGACCCCCGGUGUCAGUACCGCAAGGGGGAUUUGGUGGUGGGAAAGGACAGGAUGUUUACAGCCGUCCCACCCCGGGACUGAAGUUGAAAAUCACCUCCCGGAAGUAAAGCUCCUGCCUGAG